AUGGCAAGCGCCAGCGAUAAAUUCGUUCACUACAAAACACUUUCGCACGAUGAUUAUACCGUGGGCUGGAUCUGCGCGCUUCCCGUUGAGCUGACAGCAGCAAAAGGAAUGUUGGAUAAAAGGCACGAGUCCUUGCCACAGCCUGCAAACGAUAACAACAACUAUGUCCUCGGAGAAAUCACCGGCCACAAUGUUGUCAUCGCAUGCCUCCCCAUCGGUGAAUAUGGAACGACAUCCGCCGCCACGGUCGCAGCGCAAAUGCUUUUGACCUUCUGCCAAAUUCGCUUUGGUCUAAUGGUGGGGAUUGGCGGAGGAGUGCCAACUACCGAGGAUAUUCGAUUGGGAGAUGUUGUCGUGAGCAACCCGACCGAUGGGUAUGGAGGGGUCAUCCAGUAUGACUACGGAAAGACAAUCAGCCGAGGGACUUUCGUGAGAACUGGGAUGUUGAACAUGCCGCCACAAAACCUUCGCACCGCGACCGCAAACCUGCGAUCUGAACACCAGAUGCGACCGAACCGAAUCCCCGAACUGGUGGCGGAGAUGAGCAGAAAAUAUCCUCAGAUGUCGGAGCUUUUAGAAUUCGACCGUAGUGCAGAUGAUCUGUACUCCGCAAACUAUACACAUAUCAGCGGAAACGAUACAUGUUCUGAUUGUGACCGAUCGAAAUCAUUGAAGAGAGAGCCUAGACUCUCUCAGAAUCCGAAAAUUCACUACGGCCUCGUGGCUUCUGGAAACCAAGUCGUCAAGGAUGCGGAGACCCGCGACCGAUAUGCCAGGGAGAUGGGUAUCAUCUGUUUCGAAAUGGAAGCAGCCGGUCUAAUGAAUCAUUUCCCUUGUUUGGUUAUUCGAGGAAUCUGCGACUAUUCGGACUCUCACAAGAACAAAAAGUGGCAAGCGUACGCCGCCGCGACCGCGGCUGCCUAUACCAAAGAGUUACUGUCAGUCACCUCGGUUUCAGUGACACAGAGUAUUAUUACGGCCAGAAGAUCCCCGGCAGGUCCAGAAACACUCACGGUCGACGAUCCUGCACGAUUCCUGGCUCUGUCUCAGCGGCCGGAAUGGGCCCUUGUUCAUCAAUUGGAACAACCGAGGAAUAUAUUCCAACGACUCUCCGAUUACGAUCCUGAUCGAACCCAUCGCAGUCAUCUAUGGGACAGGUGUCCACAUACUACUGAGUGGAUCGUAGACAAUCCAGCAUUCAAAGCAUGGCUGGGCGGUAGUGCCUCUUCGGUUCUGUGGCUAACUGGCAAGAUUGGAUGUGGUAAAACGCUUGUUUCGAGCACUGUCAUUCAACAUCUAAAAUCUAUCACCCAGGGCACCCAAUGUAUAGUCGCUCACUUUUUCUACAGCCACUCGAACCGAUCAAGAUUGGACGCAAGGCAUGUGUUCGAGAGUUAUAUCAAACAAAUUGUUGGGCAUCUUGACUUGUUUCAGAUAGCCUGCCCUGGUCCAAUUCGGUCUUUCAUCAAGAGGUUUUAUGAAACUGAUCAGCAGAUCCCCACUUUCCGAGAGAUCAUACAUGAGAUCUUUCUUCCCCUUUGUCAAUCCCGUCCCGGUAUUAUAUUCGUCAUGGAUGGACUUGAUGAAUGUAACCGUUCACAAACCCUGAAAGUCUUCGAGGCUCUGCGAGAAAUCUCCAAGCUGCGCUCCGUGAAAGUCUUUGUCUCCGGACGAGAAGGACUUGAUAUGACUGGAGCUAUCCCUGGUUGUGCCACAAUAAAUAUAGCUGAUGAUGGUAACAACGACGAUCUUCGAGCUUUCGUCGACUGGAAAAUUCAAAUCAAAAUGAAAGAAAGACAACUCACAGAAAGUGAAUCAGUGCUUCAAGAAAUCAAAGCAAAGCUCCUUGAAAGGGCCGGUCAUAUGAUACUGUGGGUAAAUCUACAGCUGGAAAUGCUUUGGGAUGAUUGCUACACGGAUAGUGAAAUCAGGAAAUCUCUCGACAGUUUGCCUAAGGAUCUCAGCACAACGUACGAUCGUUGUCUUGCUAAGAUCAUGGGAAAGGGCAUGGUCUUCGCAAGAAAGGUUUUGCCAUGGGUCGCUGUUGCACCGGAACCAUUCACUGGAAGCCAGCUUCAAGAGGCAGUUGCACUGAAUCCACGCACAGGUCUCCUCGAUCUUGAUGGUUUCGUGCCUGUUAAGGAGCUUGUCAAGUCUUGCUCGCAUCUGAUCACCUGGGAUAUGAAUGAUGAGAUCCGUCUUACUCACUAUUCGGUUUCUCAAUUUUUGGAAAGUAAAGGUGGAGAGAAUAAUUCCUGGUUUGCGGACAUCGCUCUUAACAAUGAACGGGCAGCACUGGGUGAUCUUUGCAUGAAACAUCUACUUUCGCCGAUAUAUUCCCGACCGGUGAUACCCACUCAAAAGCCCAAACAAACCGUGGUAAAUGCCGGGGCUAUUAUGCAGCAGUUGUGGACUCACAUCCCACUCUCUAGUCGGCUAGGCUUCCAGAACACCAAGAGAGUUGAAAUACGGUUGCCUUUACAACAAUCAACCGAGAAAUUCAAUCAAGAGCAGCCGUCUUUCUUCGAGUUUGCCAAGGGACAAUGGCUUCCACUCACUAAACAUCUCACCCAAUCCUCUACAAAUUGGGAUGAAUUCGAGAGCCUUGUCCUAGACCAGAACUCGACUUGGAACAUCCAUCCUUGGGAGCCUUUGGGCAUGUCCAUGGACUCACAUUAUGCCGCUAUCUUGGGCUACGCUAUUGUAGAACAUCACAGCCCGCUAUUCUCUGUCUUGAUGCGGGCGAGGGGCCUUCAGCCACGCACUGAUAUUUUCCGGUUGCCACUACAUCCAUACAACAAUUUACUGCCGCUCCAUCUUGCUGCUAGAGCGGGGAAUAGUGAUUGUUUAGUGCAAAUAAUGGGUCAAAGCACUUUCAAUAUGCUGGAUGAAAACGGCCAGACAGCUUUGCACCACGCUGCUGUCAUGGGUCAUCUGAAUGUAACUCAAGUGUUACUGCGCAAAGGCAUGGUGAAAAGUGACCAUGCAGACAAAGAUGGAUGUACGGCAUUGCAUGUGGCAGUAUCACAUGAACAAGAACACUUACUUGAUACAAUGUUUGUGAAUCUCGCAAAUAUCGACCAACAAGAUCAUUUGGGCCGGACGGCACUUCAUCUAGCUGUGACGAACAAGAAUGAAAACGUUGUGAAGGCACUGCUUGCACAAAACCCGAAUCUUUCAAUCACCGACAAAGCUGGCAGAAAUGCGCUCUCUAUUGCUGCACAUGCCUCCGAUACAGAAACGGUUCGCUUAUUGCUCCAAACUGAUUACGCUCGUGGGUCAUUAUUGGGCUCAGCGGGCUCUUUCAGGUCAGUCGUCAUAAGACUUUCGAAGUUCCAUUCCUCAGCAUUCUGGGAUCUACGCCAGUCCUGGGAAACAUUUUCCCUAUUAUCACCUGAGGAACUUCUGCUCCAUGCAGCAGAAAACAUCAAUCCCAAAGAUGUUGGUCUGAAGGCAUUUGAAUUAUACAUGGAAAUCUUAAUGGAAUCUCGAGUGGAUGGAGAUCAUGUACUGAGAUACAAGCUUCUGUUAGCCGCAGUGGGGUGUGGAAACAGUGCAAUGGUUUGCCGCCUUGUCGAGGCCGGGAUUUCCGUCCAAAGUUCCAGAUUAAAUCUUUCUACUGAUCCUGGCCUUUCUGGUUAUUUCAGGGAAAGGUUGAAGAUUAACCAACAGCUGGAACUCACGACUGCGUUGCGAAACAACCCGCUAGUCCUGGCUUUAGAACAAGAGCACAUUGACAGCGUGGAAUUGCUUUUCGAAGAUUGGUCAUUUCAAAUUUCAAGCCGUACGGAGCUGUGCGAUAAGCUUUUCAAUCUAGCAGCUCAGCACGGGAAACGACAGUUGCUGGAGAAUUUCCUGAAACGCAAAUUUCCAUUUCAUCGCAGGGCAUUAAAUUCUGCCUUGGCAAGCUGGAAUCCUCAUUUGAUCCAUCUACUGGUCUCCAAUGGGGUCCCUGUCACCUGUGAAGUCAUCCUCAUGGCUUUGAGAAACGAAGACGAAGCCCUCUUGAGCAAGCUUCUUGAAUGUGAAGCUGUGUGGCAACCCGACGCGGUAAUGACAAAUACUGAUAGUCUUUCUAUCCAUAUGUUAGUGCGAGAGGCUAUACGCCUUGGCCGCAAUGACAUAUUGGGUUUGUUAUCUGCUAACACGGCUCCUGGAGACAUGUCGGAUUAG